AUGAUAAGAGACUUGCAUGCUGCAAAAAGAACAGAAGAUAUUGGUUUGUAUGCUGGAUUUGUAGGCGCUUCAUUUAUGCUUGGUAGAUGCUUGACUUCAACUGCUUGGGGAAUAGCAGCAGAUCGUAUUGGGAGAAAGCCAGUAGUCAUGGUUGGCAUUUUGUCUGUGGUCAUAUUUAAUACCUUGUUUGAGCUUAGCACUAGUUAUUGGAUGGCAAUAGCUACAAGAUUUCUCCUUGGUGCUUUAAAUGGUUUGCUUGGGCCAAUUAAAGCGUAUGCUAUUGAAAUUUGCGGACCUGAACAUGAAGCUCUAGGACUAUCACUUGUCAGCACUGCUUGGUGGAUAGGUCUGAUCAUUGGACCUGCUCUUGGAGGCUACCUCGCACUGGAGACACUACACAAGCAUAAAGUUCAUGAAAAUGAAAAUAAAAUAGUUGAAGCUUUGGAGGCCCAUCUGAUUGACUCCAACGAGAAGGUUGAAAAACUUUCUAGCUUGGAUGGCAAGAAGAGUUUGUUCAAGAAUUGGCCAUUGAUGUCAUCCAUAAUUAUGUAUUGUGUCUUCUCCAUUCAUGAUAUGGCUUAUACAGAGGUCUUCUCUUUAUGGGCUGAAAGUGACAAGAAGUAUGGUGGCCUUAGCUUAUCAUCUCAGGAUGUGGGUCAAGUGCUUUCAAUAACAGGUGUCAGUCUUAUUAUAUAUCAACUCUCUGUAUAUCCUUGGAUUAAUAAAAUUCUUGGACCUGCUAUCAAGUCUUCUCGAAUUGCAGCUAUUACUAUCGUCACAAGCACUUUCAUCCUUCAAAAUAACGCUGUGCCUCAAGAUCAAAGAGGAGCUGCAAAUGGAUUGUCCAUGACAGUAAUGUCCUUAUUCAAGGCAGUCGCUCCUGCUGGGGCUGGCAUUGUGUUUUCCUGGGCACAGAGACGCCAGCAGGCUUUCUUCUUUCCAGGAUUAUCACUCUACUUCCAAUUUUCUUCUGAUUCCACAAUCAAUCCACAUACAGGUGAUCAGAUGGUAUUCUUUCUCCUGAGCGUCGUCGAGUUUCUUGGACUUGUGCUCACAUUCAAGCCCUUUAUGGUCAUGCCAGAGCAGCAAUAUGAUAGGAAUUAG